GUUGUUUUCCCACCGGUGUGGUGUGCACUAUCUGUAAUCGCAUUCAGCACAACAUCAAAACGUGAGUGAAAAUCAGAGUGUUUAUUUUGUGAAGGUGUGGAUUCGACAGAUUUGAAUAACUGUUGUCCCAUCAAAAAUGUCGGACACUAAAGAAGAACUUUCACCAUCCACUGCGCCUACCAACACCCCGAAAAAAAUUCUUGCUACUAAAGUACAAGGAACUGUGAAAUGGUUCAAUGUGAAAAAUGGUUAUGGAUUUAUUAACAGGAGUGAUACCAAAGAAGAUAUUUUUGUUCAUCAGACUGCUAUAAAGAAAAACAAUCCUAAAAAAAUUGUUCGCAGUGUUGGUGAUGGUGAGGUUGUAGAAUUUGACGUUGUAGUUGGUGAGAAAGGUAAUGAAGCUGCUAAUGUAACAGGACCAAAUGGAGCUCCAGUAGCUGGUAGUCCUUAUGCUGCAGACAGGAAUCGUAUGAGAGGACGCUGGUUUCCUAGGAAAAAAUAUGUCCCUAGAUCCCGCCAAACUGAUGGUGGAGAAGAUAGUCAGAGCCAAGAAUUGGAUGGUGAACAACAGCAAAUGCAAAGACCAAUGCGUCGGCAAAUUAGACGUCCAUUCUUUAGGCAAUAUUAUAGAGGUCCCCAAAGAGGGCCACCAAGGAAUAUAGAUCCUGAUGGAAAUGAAGGAAAUUUUGAGGAGCCUCAUGAAAGGAGAGAUAAUCAAAGAGUUCAGAGAGGAAGAGGUGGAAAUAGGCGAGGAACACGCCAAUUUACUCGAAGUUAUUUCAAGCAGCGCAGACCCAACCGUCCCAGAAGUGAUACUGAAGGUAGUCAGAGUGGGGUUGAGGGAGAUAAUAAGGAUAUUGAUGAAGAUAACCAACGACAAAACAGGGAUAACAGGAGGGGUGGCUACCGACGUCCACCAUACAGACCACGCAUGAAUCGCAGAAGACCUCGUGGUGGUUAUCGCCCUAGAGGUAGAUCUUCUGAAGGUGGUCCUUCUAGGAAAGAUCAAGAUUAUGAGGGUGGAGCAGAGGAGUCUAAAUCGGACGAGACUGCGACUGCCAAUGAAAAUUCUAAUAGUGUGAAUGUUUCUCCUUCUUCUGUACCACAAUCUUCUGGUGAGCCUAGUGACUCUCAGCAAGCAAGUAAUGAGGGUUACUCCAAUGAUCAAACGCCGACAGAACAGGCUGCUGUUAAAUGUGAGAAUUCCUCCCCAGUAGAAGCUUCUUCAAAUGAAGCAACAGUUUCUGCCUAACAGUUAAGGAGCCUCAUUAUUUUGAGUCAAAAUAGACUGCCUGCUUGUCAUGUCAUUAACAACAUUUGAGAAUACUAUUGUAAUUGUUACUAUGCUGUGAUUUGAUUGCAUUAAAACAGAGGGUGUAGCUUUACAACAGGUAGCUGCUGUUGAGCCAACUCUCCCGAUUUCAAACGGGCUGAGGAAACUGCUAAGCCUUUAGGCUGCAGUUUUUGGUUUUGUUGCAGCACUUGUUAAAAUUUAUAUUUUCCCCUUCUACGACAGAACAUUUUUUUUUAAAAAAGAACUAACAACUGUGUAUGUAUCUUAUUUUUGUUUAAAACAUUAAUUUAUUUUAAAAAUUCAAAUUCAUUAUAAGGAACUGUAGUUGUUUGACUUUAUUUUGACUGAAAGCAGACACUUUGUAUACUUGAAACAGAAAGUUUAUAAAAUGAAUUUGGAAUAAAAUUCUUCAUUUCACA